AUGGCGGCUCCGCGGUGGGGCCAGUGUUUUUUGAGAUUGAAUAAAAGCUCUUCAACUACGACUUUAUUAGAAACCGUGUGGCAUUUUAACGUCAGGUCGGUGUCCUUCUCCUCGUCCUCUCUUCGGCGGGUGUCGUGGAGCUCUGGGUCGAGAAAUGAGGUACAGCCGUCGGUACGAUCCACACAUUUAAACCCAAAUACUUUCAACUUUACCUCAUCCCUCAUCAGACACAAGUCACAGUUGCUGUAUCCCACGCUACAGUCAUGCUGUUGCAGAAAAGUACAUAGUGAUGCAAAGCUGAAAGACCCCUUCACGUUAGCUCAGAAAGACUUAACUAGUUUAUAUGAUGACAUCAAAAAGGAGCUGGUUGUUUCCAAAGAGGAGCUGAAUUCUUUAUGUGACUACUAUUUUGAUGGCAAAGGCAAAGCUAUCCGACCAAUGAUAGUUGUCCUCAUGGCCCGGGCUCUCAACAUCCACAGCAACAGAGAUGGAGAUUUGCUACCUGGGCAGAGGGCCAUAGCUAUGAUCUCAGAAAUGAUUCACACUGCCAGCCUGGUGCACGACGACGUUAUAGACGGGUCAGAUAAGCGAAGGGGAAAGCAGACAAUCAAUGAAGUGUGGGGUGAAAGAAAGGCUAUCUUGGCGGGGGAUUUCAUCCUAUCAGUCGCCUCUAUGGCUUUGGCUCGUAUUGGUAACAUCACAGUGGUUAAAGUGUUGUCCCAGGUGAUAGAGGACCUGGUUAGAGGUGAAUUCAUGCAGCUGGGCUCAAAGGAGAACGAGAACGAGAGAUUUAAACACUACCUCGAAAAAACCUUCAAGAAAACAGCGAGUCUUAUUGCAAACAGUUGUAAAGCAGUAUCCAUCCUGGUAAAUCCUGAUCCUGAAGUUCAUGAAAUAGCCUUCCAGUAUGGGAGGAAUGUUGGCAUCGCAUUUCAGCUGGUGGAUGACGUCUUGGACUUCACAACAGGCGCUGCUCAGCUGGGGAAGCCCGUAGCUGCAGACCUCAAACUGGGAUUGGCUACUGGACCAGUUCUGUUUGCUUGUCAACAGUUUCCAGAACUACAUGCAAUGAUCAUGAGACGGUUCAGCACUAAAGGAGAUGUAGAUCAAGCCUGGCAAUACGUCCUUCAGAGCGAUGGUGUGGAACAGACCAAAUAUCUGGCCCAGCGCUACUGUCAGGAAGCCAUCAAGCAGGUCAGUUUGCUCCGGCCGUCCCCAGAGAGAGACGCUCUCAUCAGGCUCACUGAGAUGGUGCUCACCAGAGACAAGUGAACCUCCAACGCUAGACAUCACUUCAGGCAGCUACCUGUGGAAAGGGAACUCACCCAGCCACCCCCGUGUCCAUGCAAGCCAGGGUUGGCCAAAGGCGGUGAGAGAGGCGAUGGGACUUUGGUUCGGAGGAAUCCCUGAUGCUGGUUUUAGUGCCAAUUCUGAAUCAAUGUGGCAUCAAGCUGGUUUGUGAAAACAUGAUUAGAAUCGAGGGAUCAAAACGGCAUGCGGGGGCCUCUCUGAACUGAUAUCUGUUGUUUCAUGACUCUCUACACUACACCCCAAAAUAUACAAGAGGGUGAGACACUUAAUAAUGAUUUGACAUAUUAUUACACUCGGUUUUUAGUGCACGUACUUGUGACUUCCUAAAUUAAAUCAAAGUGACAAUUUGGGAAUAAAUAAUAAUUGUAAAUUAUUGGAUGGCACUGAAAGAGCCAAAGCUAAAAUUUCACUGCAUACAGUAGUGUAACUGCAAUGGCCUCCCAUAUCUCAAACUAGCCAAUCAUGUAUCAAUACAGUUGGUGUUAUGCUAGUGCUGAGCUGUGGCGGCGUUGCAAAAACUCUCUGUAGUUCCAAACGUGACAGAAGUGCAUCUUUGUCAUUGGUGUGUUUGUUUGGAUCUGUGUUAAUGUCAUCAGAGAUCCGUCCAAACCACAAAGGCCAAACAGUCACGUGUCUUUUUGAAAUGUUAUGAGGUUACUUCUAUAAUGCAAAGUGCCCUGUAACAGCCAAGGCCUUAACAUCCAUAAUGACUGUGUGCUCAAUAAACCAACAUUUUUUUUAUUUUA